CUAGGCAUGCCGACCAGUUCAUAGUCCAUCUCCAGUACGUCAGGGGCUGACACAAGUCAGAUGGCGGGCUCGCAGUUCAGCUCGCCGCCUCCACGCACUCGGGAGCAGAUGGAGCUCCAGCAAGUCGAGAGGAUCCACUUAAGGCUAGAGGAGGAACUUAGACCGGCUACUAAAAGAGAGAAAGAGAUCAAAGAGAGAAGUGUCAGACUAGAGGGCAGAGAGGCAGAUUUGGCUGCGCUAGAGACAUUAGAGGAUUCUGUGCUUAACGCUACAGUAAAGAUCCUUAAGGCAAGUGUCCUAUCCAUGCAUGCGUACAUAGACAGUAAGAUGGAUGCCAUGCAGGAUACCCUAGACCAGAUCCUGCAAGCGGUACAUAAGUCAGGGAUCCGGCCAGCAGCUUUACUAUCGCUACCAUUCUCAGCGAUGACAGACCCCUAUGCCGCUCAGUCUGGACCACCACCAAGUGGUACAUCAGCAGUAGCUCUAUCUCAGACUGUUGCUGCUUCAUCUUCUGUUCCAGCGGCUGUUGCUACACCACAGUCGCCACCUGUCUCGCAAGCGGGACAGCAAUAUCCUUGGUAUCCCAAGACCCCACUGAACCCACCUUCAACCUUCUCAAGAGACAAGAAGGAUGAGGCUCUCGACACGUGGUUGAGAACGGUGCCAGUGUGGGUGAGGGCAAAGAGGACAUUGGUAGAGGAGGAGGUGAUUACUGCUGCAUCUUACUUAGAGGGUUCAGCAACUCGUUGGCUAAAUGGAUUGGUAGCUUCCAAGGGGUUCAGCAGGAACAUGGGUGAUUGGGCGCAGACCCACACCCUAGAGAGCUUUAUGAACUUAGUGGAGGCUCGUUGGCACAACCCUCAACAGGCACAAAUUGCCACUGAUGGGAUCUUAAAGCUUGACUCUAGAAAGUACAAGUCUGUGCAAGAACUCACCACAGCCGUAGAGCGCCUGAUUGUCGUUUCAGGGGUGGAAUACAAUCCACAGGUCUUAUUGACCACGUUCUUGAGAUGUCUUCCCACAGACAUCAAGAACUUAUUAGCCAGCGAGGCUCGCCGAGAGUAUCACACGUUUGAGUCAUUCAGCAAGAAGGCCCUAGACUUAGAGGCUACGCUGGGUGGAGCUCAAACCCCUUCUACAGAUGGAAGAAAGAAGAAGACUCCACAAGAGUGGAAAAAGAAGGGUAAUCGGUUGAUGAUGGUUGAUUCCGACGGGAAUCAAACCGAGAUCGAUGAUGUUUCUGAGCUUGUGGAGGGUUCAGAGUUUGACGGCGAGGAGAGUGUUGAGGGUAGCAACCUCGCCGCAGUAGUUAAGACUAAGGCAGAGGGCCGCGGAAAGUCAUUUGUUGCAACCACUGACGCAAGCCAAUAUGGGAUUGGCGCAGUGCUGGCUCAGCAAGAAGGGAAAAAAUUGAGACCGGUUGAGUACAUGAGCAAAAAGAUGCCAUCAAAGAAGUUGGCAAAGUCCACCUAUGAGAGGGAACUCUACGCUCUUUACAAGGCACUUGUUCACUGGAGGCAUCUGUUAGGGAGGUUCUUUUACUUGAGAACUGACCAUCAGACCCUCAAGUGGAUCAAGACUCAACCAGUUCUCUCUGAUGCACUCAAACGCUGGAUUGAAGUCAUAGAUCAAUAUGACUUCAAACUAGACUAUGUGAAAGAAGAGUACAACAAGGUUGCAAAUGCGUUGUCUAGGAGGGCAGACUACCUAGGUGCGCUGAUUUAUGAGUUUGGUUUAUUUGAGGAUGUGACUCAAUCGUUGGGGGAAGCCUACAAGGAAGACCUCAUCACGAUGGACAUCAUCAACAAACUUCAAGCCAAAGAUAAGGCCACCACUGACGAGUUUGUGAUGGUGGAUGGGUUACUCUUUCUUGAGAAGGCAGGGUUCAAAAGAUUAGUUGUUCCAUCUAGGGAAAUUUUGCGCAAUUUAUUUUUAGGAGAGUGUCACGACGCAACGGGACAUUUUGGCUACAAGAAAACUAGUGCUAAUUUAGUGAAGCGAUUCUGGUGGCCUAACGUGCUUGACGAUGUGAAGAAGUAUGUGGAGACUUGUCAGAGUAUCUCCAUGGACUUCAUGGAUACUCUUGUGACCAGCAAGAAUGGCAAGAAGCACAUCUUCGUCAUAGUGGAUAGGUUCACUAAGUACGCUAGACUAAUCGCCAUGCCCGAGACAGCCAGGACUGAGCACAUCAUCAAGUUGUUCAUGGACAACUGGGUGCGUGACUUUGGACUUCCAAAGACGAUCGUUAGUGACAGAGAUGUGAGAUUCACAAGCGAGAUGUGGAAGAAGGUCGCUGAACAGAUGGGCAGCCAGCUUCAGAUGACUUCUGGGAAUCAUCCCGAAGCAAAUGGGCAGGCUGAACAGAUGAACCGUGUGGUGCAGCAUCUGCUGAGGCAUUACAUUAAGCCCAGCCAGGAUGACUGGGAUUAGAAGUUACCUCUCAUCGCUAGUCUAUACAACAACGUUGUACACAGCACCAUCGAUGUCAGUCCUAAUCAACGACAUCUGGGAUGGAAGCCUAGAUCUGCUCUAGACUUCCUCCUGCCUGAAAAGCGAACUGCUGCAACUCCUGGAACAAUUGAAUUUGGGAUCCAGUAUGAGAAGUUGUUGCAGCAGACUGUUGAAAACAUCAAGAAAUCUCAGGAAGCUAUGAUUGCCUCUGAGAACAAACGUCGUCGACAAUC